GACGACGACGGCUGGCUCUUUCUCAGUCACACUCCAACCAUCGGGUGGAUUAUAACAGGCGCUCGCGCGGUUCCCACACAGAAAUUCUCAUUUACAACUAGAAAAUGGUCGCGGAAAAGUACAGCAAGCUCGAACCCGAGCUGAAAGAGGAAUUACGCACAAUCGCCCAACAGAUUGUGGCACCCGGCAAGGGUAUCCUGGCCGCUGAUGAGUCAACCACAACGAUCGGGAAACGUCUUCAGGACAUCAACGUCGAAAAUACGGAGGACAACCGCAAGGCUUACAGGCAACUACUUUUCACCACAGCAAAGGAUGUCAUUGGACAGCACAUUUCUGGAGUAAUCCUCUUUCACGAGACUCUGUAUCAAAAGGCCGACGAUGGCACGCCAUUCGUCGAAUUGCUGAAGCAACGCAACGUCAUCCCUGGCAUUAAAGUCGACAAGGGCGUCGUUCCGCUCUUCGGCACGCAAGACGAAUGCACGACCCAGGGUCUCGACGACCUCCAGGCGCGUUGUAUCCAGUACAAAAAGGACGGGUGUCAUUUUGCCAAGUGGCGAUGCGUGUUGAAGAUCACAAAGGACACUCCGAGCAAACUGGCUAUCCUGGAGAAUGCCAACGUGCUGGCCCGUUACGCCUCCAUCUGUCAGAGCGCCAGAAUUGUGCCGAUCGUAGAGCCUGAAAUUCUUCCCGACGGUGACCAUGACAUCACCCGUUGUGAACAAGUAACAGAAGAGGUUCUCGCGGCCGUUUAUAAGGCACUUGCAGAUCACCACGUAUAUCUCGAAGGAACGUUGCUGAAACCCAACAUGGUGACUCCAGGCCAGAGCUGUCCGACGAGAGCGUCUCCUCAGGAAAUCGGUGCUGCUACGGUGACAGCGUUGAUGCGUACCGUGCCACCAGCGGUACCUGGCAUCACGUUCCUCAGCGGUGGCCAGUCCGAGGAAGAGGCGUCGGUCAAUCUCGAUGCCAUUAAUAAAUAUCCGGCGAAAAAACCCUGGGCAUUAACUUUCAGUUAUGGACGCGCUCUUCAGGCUUCCGUACUUCGCGCUUGGCAAGGCAAGACCGACAAGGUCGCUGCCGGCCAAGAGGAGUUGAUCAAGAGAGCCAAAGCCAACAGCGAGUCAGCACUUGGCAAAUAUGCGGGUGGAGUGGCCGGUGCUGCGGGAGACGCGGCGCUUUUCGUCGCCAAUCACGCGUAUUAGGUUGACCCAUAAAGAAAUUGGAUGUAUCGUUAGAAACAUAAAAUUAAACAGAUCGUUGUCUGUUGUGAAAAGCAUGACAAGGAAUGGAAUUCCUUCGAGGGUGAUCGAGACGCACACAAAGUAUUUCAAGUUUCCAAGAAGAUCGAUCGUUCUUGUCUUAUUUCAUUAUCAAUAUUUUUAAAAGAUUGUUUCUUACGGAUCUAUAAUCGUGCGAUUUCAAAUUGAGUUGUAACCAAUCAAAGUUUUUACGUGAAUACAUAUCUAUCGGUCGUCAUAUGUAACUCGAUUGGCGACUUAAAUUAACAAUUCGAAGAUUGCAUGUCAAACGUGUCGAUUGAAAUUUUAUCGAAACAUCCCACAAAUUUCUUACUCAACAGACAGUUUAAUAGAUGAUUUUGUAAUGAAUGUACAAAAUAUGAAAUUUUUAGAGAUAUUUUUAGCCGGGCCUGUCGUUUUUAAUUUCUCGCCGAUACUCUAACCGUUGUUCCUACUCACUCAGCGACUAUAAACUUUAUGAGAUUCAAUUCCAUUGGCAUUAAAUGAUUGAAGCAUUAGAACCGAGGCAUCGAGAGAACGUGAGCAGAUAUUUUGCGACAUUCGAUAUUAUUAUUAUUAUAUUCUGUAA